GCGCGCAGUUAUAUACUCCUGCCCGAGGCUGAGGCGCCGGUUCCGCGCUGGAAGUCUCCGGGGGAGUCGCUGUUGCUGAGGCUGUUGCCCGAGGUUUUCGCGCUCCUCCCUUUCCUCCUCCUCUUUCUCCUCCUCCUUAUCCGAACCCCAGUCAGACCGAUCUGCUCUGCUCUCGGUGACCUUGCAACUUCAUGGAUGACGACAAACCUUUUCAACCAAAAAACAUUUCAAAAAUGGCAGAACUCUUUAUGGAAUGUGAAGAAGAAGAGCUAGAACCAUGGCAGAAGAAAGUAGAAGAAACUCAGGAUGAGGAUGACGAUGAACUGAUCUUUGUUGGAGAGAUAUCAAGUUCAAAACCAGCCAUUUCAAAUAUUUUGAACAGAGGCCACUCCAGCUCAUCUUCAAAAGGAAUAAAGAGUGAGCCACACAGUCCAGGUAUUCCUGAAAUAUUCAGGACUGCAAGUCAACGCUGCAGAGACCCACCAUCAAAUCCAGUGGCUGCCUCGCCUAGAUUUCAUCCUGUAUCUAAAUCUUCACAAAGCUCUGUUACUGUUGAGAAUGUGUCUAAACCUGAUUUUACAAAGAAUUCACAAGUUGGAUCGGAUAAUUCUUCAAUUUUACUGUUUGACUCGACCCAGGAAUCACUACCACCAUCCCAAGACAUACCAGCAAUUUUUAGAGAAGGUAUGAAAAAUACUUCAUAUGUAUUAAAACAUCCUUCUACUUCUAAAGUAAACAGUGUUACUCCAAAAAAACCAAAGACCAGUGAAGAUGUUCCUCAGAUAAAUCCCUCCACUUCAUUGCCUUUGAUUGGCUCUCCUCCAAUGACAUCCUCCCAAGUUAUGCUGUCAAAAGGUACAAAUACCUCAUCUCCAUAUGAUGCUGGAGCAGAUUACCUAAGAGCUUGUCCAAAGUGCAAUGUUCAGUUCAAUCUUUUGGAUCCUUUGAAAUACCACAUGAAGCAUUGUUGUCCAGACAUGAUAACUAAAUUUUUGGGAGUAAUUGUUAAAUCAGAACGUCCAUGUGAUGAAGACAAGACUAAUUCAGAGACAGGAAAGUUGAUCAUGUUAGUCAAUGAGUUUUAUUAUGGAAGGCAUGAAGGAGUCACUGAGAAAGAGCCAAAGACUUACACAACUUUUAAAUGCUUCAGUUGCUCGAAAGUUCUUAAAAAUAAUAUUAGGUUUAUGAACCACAUGAAACAUCACUUGGAACUUGAGAAGCAGAACAAUGAAAGCUGGGAAAACCACACCACCUGCCAGCACUGUUACCGGCAAUAUCCCACACCCUUCCAACUGCAGUGCCACAUUGAGAGUACACACACUCCCCAUGAGUUUUCUACUAUUUGCAAAAUCUGUGAAUUAUCAUUUGAAACAGAGCAUAUUCUUUUACAACAUAUGAAGGACACCCAUAAACCUGGUGAAAUGCCAUAUGUUUGCCAGGUUUGCCAGUUUAGAUCAUCAACAUUUUCUGAUGUAGAAGCUCAUUUUAGAGCAGCCCAUGAAAACACUAAGAACUUGCUAUGUCCAUUUUGCCUCAAAGUUAGUAAAAUGGCAACCCCCUACAUGAAUCAUUACAUGAAGCAUCAGAAAAAAGGAGUUCAUCGUUGCCCAAAAUGCAGACUACAAUUUUUGACCAGCAAGGAGAAAGCUGAACAUAAGGCACAGCAUCGUACAUUUAUAAAGCCUAAAGAACUAGAAGGAUUGCCUCCUGGAACAAAAGUUACUAUUCGAGCUUCACUUGGACCUCUCCAGUCAAAAUUACCAACUGCACCUUCCAGUUGUGCUCCAGGCACUUCUUUUCUUCAGGUCACACCUCCGACAUCUCAAAAUACGACUGCUAAAAAUCCUAGAAAAUCUAAUGCCAGUAGAUCUAAGACAAGUAAGCCUCAUGCAACUACAUCCACUGCAAGUAAAGCUAAUACAAGUAAGCCAAGGGGACGUAUAGCUAAGUCCAAAGCAAAACCCUCUUACAAGCAAAAGCGACAGCGCAACAGAAAAAAUAAAAUGAGCCUUGCUUUGAAGAACAUAAGGUGUCGUCGCGGAAUUCACAAGUGCAUUGAAUGUCAUUCCAAAAUAAAAGAUUUUGCAAACCACUUUUCUAUAUACAUCCACUGCAGUUUUUGCAAGUACAAUACUAACUGUAACAAAGCCUUUGUAAAUCAUAUGAUGAGCUCUCAUAGCAACCAUCCAGGUAAACGGUUUUGUAUUUUCAAGAAGCAUUCAGGAACUCUCAGGGGCAUUACUCUAGUGUGCCUUAAAUGUGAUUUCCUAGCUGAUUCUUCCGGCUUAGAUCGUAUGGCUAAACACUUAAGUCAACGUAAAACUCAUACUUGCCAAGUUAUAAUAGAGAAUGGUACGUAUAUAUAAUUGUGUUUCUUUGAUUUUCUGAUACUUAUUUCAGUAUUUUUGAUCGGACACCAUAUGGACCCAUGUAUUAAAUUGAUAGUCUCACUCUUCAUAUAGGCUAUUGUAAAUGUAAAACUCUUUUGAUUUGUUUCUGAAAGUACCUCAACUUCUGAACCCACUUCUGGGUAAGUUUAAUUUUCCUUCAGUGCAUUUUGCUUUGAUGGACUUUAGCACUGUUGUAUUUUUUAAUGUAUCAUUAAUAUUAAUAUAAAUGAAAAAUAUUAAAGUUUUUUUUUUUUUUUAAGCUGCUCAUUGAAAUAGCUUCCUGCUCCAUGGAGUUCGUGCAUCCUGGUGCAAGACAAGUUGGAAGUUCCUAAGUUCAAAGUUCUGAAGUAUUUUCUCACACAAAGGGCAGUUAAACAGCCAAGUUUAUGACACUAGCUCUCAUUAUUCAGCUCUUUUCAGCUUUCAGAUGCCACUACAUUGUUAUUCCACCUUAUCUUUGUGUCAGGUUAACAUAUCUUAACAUAUUUUUUUCUCCAGUUGGCUCUCUCCAAAAAUACCUUUUGUUUUUCUCUGCUAUACUUGACUUGCCUUCAGAAUAUUACAUUCCAGAUAAUAUGACUGUUCAUCUUUUUCUGUCUGUUUUGUCUGCUUUCUUAAUUUCUUAUAAGUCUUACAUGUUUAGGUCAGAUAACCAUUUUUUCUUCAUUCCUUGUUCAUUACUGUUCUAUUUUUCAUAUUUUUCAAAUGAAGAAGCAACACAUAAGUUUCAAAAAAUAUCCAGGGCACUCCUGGACAGUGUCCUCUUUUGAUGGACACAACUGAUACCUGUUCUUUCUUUCCAAGAAAUGUGAAUUAUUUGACUGUGAGACCUCCUCUAGUUUGUGGCCUUCAGAAAUCAGAUCUUGGGGAGAGUCCCUUCCUACCUGACUGACCUCCCAUAAGGCUGAUGCUGAUUUGGCCAGAGAUGACCUCAAGGCCCACCAAAUAGAGCACAACUUCCCAUUGGGGGCUUUGGCUUUUGAUCUUAAGCUUAUGGGUCGAUUCUAACCAAGAAAAGUCCAUGAAAUCAGUGCUUCAACAUCCAGGUUGAUGUUUAACCAUUUUGGCUGCUGCUCAUUAAUUUUCCUCUAGCAGGCAUGCAGUCCAAGGAAUAUCAAAAUUCUGAUUGUAUGGGAACCAAGGUUACUUUCUUGUUCUUGGAUAAAGAAAAUUUCUACAAUUACAGUUCCCAAAGACACAGUUGGUCAUGUUAUUUAAAGUUUUAUCCAGUAUUCUAGGAAUUUUCAGCAAUACUAAUAUUCUCAUUUUUUACAUUUUAUUUUGCUUUAUUUUGGUAGCUUGGUUUUAUAUUGUUUUUAGAUCAGUGCUUCAACAUCCAGGUUGACGUUUAACCAUUUUGGCUGCUGUUCUUUAAUCUUCCUCUAGCAGGCAUGCAGUCCAAGGAAUAUCAAAAUUCUGGUUGUAUUGGGAACCAAGGUUACUUUCUUGUUUUUGGAAAAACAAAAUUUCUACAAUUACAGUUCCCAAAGUCAGUUAUUCAUGUUUUCAUUUAAAGUUUUAUCCAAUAUUCUAGGAAUUUUCAGCAAUACUGAUAUUCACUUUAUUUUUUUUCUUUUUUUAAGACAGAGUCUUGCUCUGUCACCCAAGCUGGAGUGCAGUGGCGCGAUCUUGGCUCACUGCAAGCUCCGCCUCCUGGGUUCACACCAUUCUCCUGCCUCGGUCUCCCGAGUACCGGGGAUGACAGGCCCCUGCCACCACGCCUGGCUAAUUUUUAAUUUUUUGUAUUUUUAGUAGAGACAGGGUUUCACCGUGUUAGCCAGGAUGGUCUCGAUCUCCUGACAUCGUGAUCAGCCCACCUCGGCCUCCCAAAGUGCUGGGAUUACAGGUGUGAGCCACUGCACCCAGCCAAUAUUCACAUUUUUAAACAUUUUUUAAAUUUUAUUUUGGUAGCUUGGUUUUAUAUUGUUCUUAAAUUUAUUUUACUCUGUUUUAUUUUUCUGUCACUUCUUUGUCCCAGAUUCAUGAAAUUUGCUGAUGUCCAUUUUAUGUCUAGUUUUGAACUCUUCUCUUUGUGUUUGUUUUGUUCUUAUUACAAACUCCAAGACAUUUCUUAGAAUUGUCUACAGAUUUCGUGUAGCUACUUAUUGGUAGCUUCUUAAUUUCAUACUUGUCCAGACCAUUAGACAUUAUUACAUGCUCUAUCUUGGGCCUAUCAUUAACAUUAGCUUAGGGAUUCUGAUUUCAAAGACAUAAAGAAUUGGCAAAACUCUUCUUACAGAACUUAAAACAAGUUUUAAAGUUACAUUUCUAUACAUCUAAUACAUAAUACCUUCUUAGCCAUUAAUGUAAUUCCUCUGGAUAAAGAUAAUAUAUUCAAAAAAUAUUGGGACCAAAAAAUGCACUUGUUUCUUGCUCAUAUAUAUAUAGAUGUAUAUUUUUUUUAAUUUGUUGUUUGUUUAUUUUGGUUACAUUGAAUACAGAUUUGCUGAACAGUUUUGAUGUUAUUUUUUUAAUAAAAUUUGUAUUGUUAAA